AUGACUGCUCCCAAGAUUACUACCUCGGAAGAAGACGAGAAAGCCACUUGCGAUGAGCGUCAAGCCGUGGAAGCCGCUCUUCAAACCUACAUGGAUGGAGCCAAGGCAGGAAAUGGCAAGCAAGCUGUGGCAGCUUUUCACAAAGACGCCAAGGUCAUUGGGUCUCUGGAGAGUGGAAAAUUACCGGAAAGGUGUACGACUCGCACUCCAAGCAAGAACUAG